UAUUUCAUUUGGAUUCCGCGCGACUGCCAGUUGAUCGACAGCGUUGAACGAGUAUGUUGUGUUGAGAGUGAUUUCAUAACAACAAUAAACUAGUACGUAGCUGACCACUGGAAUAAAUAUGGAUGAUAUCGAGAACUAUUUGCCGGAGAAAAAAAUUACAAGUUUAAUAUUUUUUGUAAACGGUAAAAAGGUUGUUGAGCCACAUCCGGAUCCAGAAUGGACCUUGUUAUGGUAUUUACGAAGAAAACUGCAUUUGACUGGAACGAAGUAUGGGUGUGGUGAAGGCGGUUGUGGAGCCUGUACGGUGAUGGUUUCGCAAUAUUUGCAGGACGAAGAUCGAAUCAAACAUUACUCGGUUAACGCAUGUCUAAUGCCCUUGUGUACAAUGCAUGGCAUGGCAAUAACGACCGUGGAAGGUAUAGGCUCGACUCAGGAUAAAUUACACCCAGUACAAGAAAGGAUAGCAAAGGCACAUGGAUCUCAGUGUGGAUUUUGUACACCCGGAAUAGUUAUGUCGAUGUAUACUUUAUUAAGAAACAAAAAUAAAAUUGAUUUCAGUGAUAUUGAUACGGCUUUGCAGGGUAAUCUUUGUAGAUGCACUGGUUAUAGACCUAUUAUAGAAGGCUUUAAAACAUUUUUGGAGGAGUGGGAGUAUUAUUAUAAUGGGAAAGUGGAAACAAAUAGCGACUCUAAAUCGCCGUGUAUGAUGGGUGACGAUUGCUGUCGACUUAUAAAUGCAAAUAGCCAAGAAAAAGAAACGCUGUUUAAUAAAUCAGAAUUUAAACCGUAUAGUCCCACACAAGAGCCGAUUUUUCCACCUGAAUUAAAAAUGAAUAACAAAGAAUAUGUUUCUGGUCUCACAUAUUUUAAAGGACCGAAUAUAGCAUGGAUUCGACCUUUUAAAUUAGAAGAACUUCUUUUACUAAAGAAACAGUAUCCGUUUAGUAAAAUUGUGGCUGGGAAUACUGAAAUUGGCGUUGAAGUUAAAUUUAAAAAGAUGGUAUAUCCCAUUUUAAUAUCACCAAUUAUAAUAAAAGAACUGAAUACAAUUCAAAUUACAAAUUAUGGUAUACGAGUUGGCGCUACUGUGACUCUGAGUGAUUUGGUAAAGUUUUUAGAUAACUUUUUAAAAGAGAAUCAUACCAAAGGGAAAGUUCUCGAAGCAAUAAAAGAUAUGCUUCAUUGGUUUGCUGGCACUCAAAUACGCAAUACAGCAUCAUUAGUCGGAAAUAUUGUCACGGCCAGUCCAAUUUCUGACUUAAAUCCAAUUUUAAUGGCUAGUGCAGCUACACUUACGGUGAAAAGUUUAGAACGUGGAGAGAGAAGACUUACGAUUGAUUCAAAUUUCUUUAAAGGUUACAGAAAAGUUGCAAUAGAAGAAGAUGAGAUUGUAUUAUUCGUAGAAAUACCUUUUACAGGUAACGAUCAAUUUGUUAAAGCAUAUAAACAAGCUAAAAGACGAGAAGACGAUAUUUCAAUUGUUACUGCAGCAUUUAAUGUUGAGUUUGAAAAAAAUAUGAUCAUAUCGGAUGCAAAGUUGUGUUUUGGAGGAAUGGCUCCUACCACUGUAUGCGCUGCAAAAACUUCUUCCUUAAUGAAGGGGAAAAAUUGGGACCAGUUACUAUUAAAAUCAGUGUUUGAUUCUUUAACGGAAGAGUUUAAAUUGGAUAGUUCUGUGCCAGGAGGUAUGCCGGAAUAUAGAAAAUCGUUAUGUCUUAGUCUAUUUUUCCGAUUUUAUUUGCAUGUUUUACAAAUACGAAGCUUGAAUGGUACGCGACCAAGUAAUUAUGAGCUAUCUGGUAGUUAUCAAAUACCUGCAUUGCAGCCGAAGAGCUCUCAAUGUUUUGAAAUUAAAAAUAAUCAAAGGACCACGUCUGAUGCUGUUGGAAAACCAAUUGUUCAUAUGUCAGCUUUUAAACAAGCUACAGGAGAAGCAAUAUAUUGCGAUGAUCUUCCGACUCUGGAAGAGGAGUUAUACUUAACAUUAAUUUACAGCGCGGAAUCUCACGCGAAAAUAAAAUCAAUUGAUGCUAGUAAAGCACUGGACGUACCGGGUGUUAUAGCAUUUUUAUCAGCAGCUGAUAUACCAAAAGAGCAUAAUAAGAUGGGUCCAAUUUUAAAAGAUGAAGAAGUAUUCGUAAGUGAGGUAGUGACAAGUAAAUCUUGUAUCGUAGGAGCUAUAGUGGCUAAGACUGAGCAAACUGCACGAAGAGCGAAAAAUCUUGUGAUGAUUACAUAUGAAAAAUUAGAACCAGUUGUCGUAACAAUUGAAGAUGCGAUUGCUCAUAAUUCAUAUUAUCCUGAUACUUAUCGACAACUUGUGCACGGAGAUGUCACAGAAGCUUUUAAAAAAUCGAAACAUAAGAGAAAUGGCCACAUACGAAUUGGUGCACAAGAACAUUUUUACUUGGAAACGGUGUCGGCAUAUGCUAUAAGGAAAGAAGACGAAUUAGAAAUAAUAUGCAAUUCUCAAAAUCCAGCAGAAGUUGCGCAUACUGUAAGUCAGGUACUCAAUAUUCCGAAUCAUAAGGUUGUCUCUAAAAUAAAAAGAAUUGGUGGAGGUUUUGGUGGAAAAGAGACAAGGUCUCUUAUACUCGCAUUACCAGUUGCUGUGGCUGCUUAUAGAUUGAAAAAGCCUAUUCGGGGAGUACUAGAUAGAGACGAAGAUAUGCAAGCCACAGGAUAUAGACAUCCAUGUUUAAUUAAGUAUCAAGUCGCAUUUGAUGAUAUGGGUAAAAUCAAUGGCGCUAUUUUUGACGUCUAUGCUAAUGGAGGGAACUAUUUGGAUAUAUCGCCCUCGAUGUUAGAAAGAGUCAUGACACACUUAGAUAAUUGCUGCAAAAUACCAAAUAUCAUUGUAAAUUUGAAUCUUUGUAAGACAAACACUCCUUCAAAUACUGCAUUCAGAGGUUUUGGUGGUCCUCAAGCUAUGUUUGCUUGCGAAUCCAUGAUAAGAGAUAUUGCAGCAGCAUUGAAUAAAAGUUAUGAAGAAAUUAUGGCCGUUAAUAUGUAUAACGAAGGAGACUUAACAUUUUACGAUCAAGAGCUAAUACAUUGUACAAUAAAAAGAUGCUGGCAAGAAUGCAUUGAAUCGUCAAAUUAUUGGCAAAGGAAGGGUAAAGUAGAGGAAUUUAAUAGGAUGAAUCGAUGGAAAAAGAAAGGACUAGCAUUAACACCUACAAAGUAUGGUAUAUCAUUUCAAAUUGACAUGUUGAUGCAAGGUGGGGCUCUGGUGUUAAUAUACUGCGAUGGAUCAGUGCUUAUAUCAAUUGGUGGCAUAGAAAUGGGACAAGGGCUCUUCACAAAAAUGAUUCAAGUUGCUUCGAAAGUCUUUGAUAUAGAUGUGGCUAAAAUUCACAUUAGUGAAAUGUCUACAGAUAAAGUACCGAAUUCUUCACCCACAGCAGCAAGCGUCAGUUCUGAUCUAUACGGAAUGGCUGUAUUAAACGCCUGCACGACCCUUAACGAGCGUUUGGAACCGAUUAAGAAGAGUAAUCCAAAUGGUAAAUGGGAAGACUGGAUAUCCGCAGCAUAUUUGGAAAGAAUAAGUCUUUCUGCGACUGGAUUUUAUGCGGCACCAAAAAUUCAAUUUAAUCCUAAAACGAAUUCUGGAACGCUCUUUGAGUAUUACACGUUUGGUGUGGCGUGUUCUGAGGUUGAAAUUGAUUGUUUGACUGGUGAUCACCAAGUGUUGCGAACGGACAUUGUCAUGGACAUCGGCGAGAGCCUUAAUCCAGCAAUUGAUAUUGGUCAGAUCGAAGGUGGUUUUAUGCAGGGCUAUGGGCUAUUCACAAUGGAGGAGAUGUUAUAUUCGCCGACUGGUGAAAUUUUGUCCCGUGGACCAGGAGCUUAUAAGAUUCCUGGGUUCUCUGAUAUACCAAAAGAAUUCAAUGUUUCAUUGCUAAAAGGUGCACCAAAUCCUCGCGCUGUUUACUCGUCCAAGGCUGUCGGUGAACCUCCUUUAUUCUUGGCGGCGUCAGUGUAUUUCGCUAUAAAAGAAGCUAUCAAAUCUGCUCGUAUGGACGCUGGAGUCGAUCCUGAAUUUGCUCUCGAAGCUCCUGCUACAUGCGCCCGUAUAAGGAUGGCGUGUGAAGAUGAUAUUACAAAACAGGUUAAGCCGACUAUCAAAAAUGUUGGAAGGCCAUGGAACGUUAUACCCUAAUGCACCGAAGCAUUACAACGCACAGAAACUAACGUGUUUUUAAACGUUUUUUUAAGUUUUAUGUUUAUGUCUUAGUUUCUAAGAUUGUGUAAGUCCCUUAUUUUUUGUCUAUUUUAAAUUGCGUGAAAGACUUUGUCUUUCUUCUAUUUCGCUAAAUAUACUAAUAUGUAAUUCAGUUUUUUCCCGUCGGAUUCAAAAAAGGAAAUUGUUCUCAAUUCGAUUGCAUUUUUGUGCUUGUUACCUGAGAGUGUUCGGCUGUGUGAACCGAUUUUGAUGAGUCUUUUUGAAAGCUGGGGUCUUCCGUGAAGGCAGUUUAGUUUCAUGUCAAAAUAUUUAUUAAAUAAUAUGAACGUCUGAAUUUUACCGUGUUGUGUGUACAUUUUCUGUAGUUUUUCAUGUAUAAAAAUAUAUACAGUAUUAAAAAUUAUUGGGAUCUAACGCAAUACUGCAACAAAGUAAUGAGCUACCGUAUAAAUUAAGUGUUGAUGAAACCGAUAACUGUAUUUAUUAUCCUAUUCCAAGAAAAUGUGAAAUUAAUUAAGGUAUAUUCCAGUUCAUAGGAAUUUUUAGUUCGCCACAAUUUCGAUUUAUUGUAUAAUACAAGAGUCAAUCCUACUUAUAAUUACAUAUAUACAUUUUACAAUCCUACUUACUAUUACAUAAAUAUUUUUUAUUCAUGAAAGUCAGCAUACACGGUCCAUCUGUUUGGUGUGACAGUAUGGAGUGAGUGGAAAUACAAUUUUUUACGACUGUCAGUCAAUCAAACUGUGGACGUGACCCUCGUCGUUUGAUGUGAAGGAUUGACCGUCAAUGCCCACUUUAAGACUUUCUGAUUUCAAAACUCAUCCUAAAAGUCACAUCAGUUCAGUUAGCACGUUAGGUCGAUAAUAUUAUAAAUGGCUCAAUUAAGAAUUCUUUUUGUUUAUAAUUAUUUUGAGAUUAAUGUUGCAUUAGUUAACAUCUAAUUAACAAUUUAAAAUAUUUGUUAAAUUGCCCCCGGAGAAGAAUUUGUUGGCUUAUGCUGGUUUCAUAUGGUCUAAAACUCCACUGUGUUCCAUCAUUACUUUAGACGAAGCUGUGUGUGUUCAUACUAUGACCAUAAUAGGAACAUGUCAGGAUCGGAAUGCGACACGACAUGCUUUAAUAUGCCCACUGGAGCGUAUCAAUUACAUAUCAAAGCAGUAUGCCUGACACCUUCUUCUUAUGGUCAUAGUAUGAUAUGUUGUAGUGGGUAGUCCUUUAUACGUAAAAAAAUAACA